AUGAACCGUUAUGCUUCAAUUUUUACUUUUCUCUUUGGAACAACGGGCAAUAUUCUUAAUACUCUGGUAUUUUCUCAACGGUCAUUUCGUUCAAAUCCAUGUGCAAUAUGUUUUCUUUUCUCAUCUGUCGCUAAUUUGAUUGCAAUUCUUUUUGGCGUUACUUCACGAAUGUUAAAUGGUUGGAGUGCUGAUCUAACAAAUACAGAUAGAUUUAUUUGUAAAUUUCGAACUUUUAUUCUCAAUGUAGCAAGACCAGUAGCAUUCUGGCUUAUUCUUCUAGCUGCCAUUGAUCGAUGGUUAUUAUCCAGUGCUAAUGCUCGUUAUCGGCAGAUAAGUACAAUGAAAAAUGCUAUAAGAAGUAUGAUUAUUAUUCUUAUUUCCUCAAUUGUUCUGUUUUCUCAUAUAAUCUAUUGUUAUGAACCAAAUAUGAUUGAUGAGCCAUUGCAAUGCUAUGGAAAAAACAUAACAUGUCGUCUUGUGUCAGCUAUACUGUUUGCAUUUGUAACUACUUUUUUUCCUGUAUUACUCAUGUUAAUAUUUGGCUUGAUGACAAUCAAUAAUUUACGUCAAUCAAAAAAUCAUAUUCAACCUGGUGAUAUAUCGCAUAGAAGAAAUCAAGAAUCAAACAAAGGAAAUCAACGACAACGUUUUAAUAAAAUCAAUAAUCAUCUGCUUGUUAUGCUUUUUGGACAAAUUGUACUUCUUUUUGUGUUAGGUCUUCCAUUGGGUAUUGAAAAAUUGUAUGAAGCAAUAACAAUGGAUAGACCAACAACUAAAGUACAAAUAGCUAUCGACAAAUUUGUUUACAAUAUUGUUUUACUUCUUAACUUUUUGGCUAAUGGAUCACCAUUCUAUAUUUACACAUUGGCCGGUGGAAAGGAAUUUCGAAAAGCAUUUUUCAAACUUUUAUCAGCAAUAGGACAGAAGAUAUAUGAUGCAAAAAGAAUGUUUCAUUUAUAA